AUGAAAAGACAGAGCAACGAACAUUCUGCUCUUCCGAAAAGAAAGAAGCAACAAUCAGUUGAGGAGCCUCCUUCAAGAGAACAACAACUCCAGCAAACAUCUCCUACUAUCGGAUCAACAACAAUAAUUAAUCAUGUUGAUGAUGAAAAUAAUAACAAAAUAAUCAUGAUGAUGACGAAUAUUCCUCUGGAUAUUAUCACUAAUGAAGUCUUUACAUUCUUUCCAUGCCAAUGGAUUUUUCGGGUGGCUUUCUUGGUUUGCAAGGCUUGGUAUAAUUCUGUGAAUAAUUUCAAUCUAUUGAUAAUUCAAACUAAUUUGAAUGUUGACACUCAAAGGAAUCAGUCAUUCUUAUUGUGUUGUAAGGAAGGGAGAUUUAAUUCUGCCAGAGAAUUUUGUGUGAAGGGUUUUGAUUUACAUCAUUACAAACUAUCCAUUCCGAUUGUAAACUUUACAGCUCUACAGGUAUUGGAUCUUUCGUAUAGCAAAUUGGGAAGUUUAGGUAUUAGUAUUCUAUCUCAGAAUAAUGCAAACCAAUUGAGAGGAUUAAGAAAGUUUACAUACAGAUACAACGUAUUAACGCACAAAGGACUAGAAGUCCUUUGCUCACUUCCGUUAACUAAACUGAAAGAAUUGGAUCUUUCUUUUAACAGGAUUGGCGAUACUGGAUGCACUGUUUUAAGGAAAGCACCUUUUUUGAAUUCUCUCACUUCAUUGGAGCUAUACGACAAUAGGAUUGGAAAUCAGGGAUUCUUGACAUUGGUUGAUACUAACUUUCAAUCUCUUCGUUUCAUCAAUUUACGGUUCAAUGCUGUAGACCAUAUAGAUUGUGAAGUUUUCAACAGUGAGAAACUGAGUAACAAACUUCCUAACAUUCAGUCAAUUAAUUUACUUUUCAAUAAGAUUGACAUCAGCGAAAUUACCCAUUUAAACGCAAAUGUUAAAAAGCUAAUAGUUGUGAAUAUGGUAAAUUAA